AUGGCAACAACAACAUGUACUUCUACGCCAUCAUCCCUCAUGCUAACAUACGCUGCCUCCACAGUACACCCACAAGACCUAACCCCUUCUCUCCUUUCUUUCAAGCCCAAAUCUUUUUCUCUCUGCCCAUUGGUUUCGGACAGAAAAUUAAGCAAUCGGUUCGAUUUUAAUACCCAAACAGAGGCAAAGUCUAGACCUUGCAGAGUGGUUGCGGCUGCUGCUUUGGCUGCAGAGGCAGAAGUGGGUGAGGAGGUGGAAGAGACGGAGGGCGAAGGAGGUGGUGUGGCAACUGCUACAGUUACUCCUAGUAAGCCCAAGAAAGGGAAGGCUGCAUUGCUUCUAAAGAGAGACAGAACAAGGUCUAAGAGAUUCUUGGAAAUUCAAAAAUUGAGGGAAACGAAAAAGGAGUAUGACCUGGGGACAGCAAUAUCUUUGUUAAAGCAAGCAGCAAGCACAAAGUUUGUUGAAAGUGUUGAAGCUCAUUUUCGUCUUAACAUCGAUCCCAAAUACAAUGACCAGCAGCUGAGAGCAACAGUAAAUUUGCCCAAGGGAACAGGAAAACCUGUUAAAGUGGCGGUGCUUACUCAAGGAGGUUCUAGUGUAGUUUUUGCUUCAGUGGGAAUUGUGUUGGAUGGUAAUUGGUAUUUGGAGAGGUUGUUCCCUGGCCAUUAUGAUCUCUUGCCUGGGCUCUCAAAACGUGAAAAGUUCGAUGAAGCAAAAAAUGCAGGAGCAGAUUUGGUUGGUGGUGAGGACCUGAUACAACAAAUAAAAGGAGGAUUUAUGGAUUUCGAUAAAUUAAUUGCAUCUCCGGAUAUGAUGCCCAAGGUUGCCAGCUUAGGUAAGAUUCUAGGACCACGAGGACUCAUGCCAAAUCCAAAAGCUGGCACGGUUACAACCGACAUACCUCAGGCAAUAGCCGAAUUCAAAAAGGGGAAAGUUGAGUACAGAGCAGAUAAAACGGGGAUUGUUCACAUACCUUUCGGAAAAGCUGACUUCUCAGAAGAAGACCUCCUUGUAAACUUGCUAGCUGCAGUUAAAUCAGUAGAAGCAAACAAGCCAUCAGGUGCAAAGGGAGUGUACUGGAAAAGCGCACAUAUAUGCUCAUCAAUGGGGCCUUCCAUUCGGUUAAAUACAAGGGAGAUGCUCGAUUACAAGCUUCCAUCAAAUAAGCGUCUGAUCACUAUAAUUACAAGAGAAGCGUCCAUGAAAUUCACAAGGCCACCGAGUGAGCUCUCAGCGCACCAGCAGGCUAUUAAUCAAGUAUUGACACCACCUAAGAAAAUCUUCGAGACAACCAGCUAUUCAUACCUGCUUCGGAAUAUGAAUGCUGCCGCAAAACAAAAAUAA